UUCGAGCAGAAAUUCAUUCACUUCAGAUUUCGGAUUCCAUUAACUUUUUAAAUUUUGAUAAAAAUGGCAACCGCCGAUCAUCACAAGUUCCACGUUCUUGCCGUCGACGACAGCGUCGUUGACCGGAAGCUGAUCGAGAGGCUGGUGAAGGCGGCUUUCUCCGGCGACGAGGUGACCGUGACGGUGGUGGAUUCCGGGGCGAAGGCCCUCCGGGUGGUGGAGGAAGCGGAGGUGAAUCUGAUCAUCACCGAUUACACCAUGCCGGGAAUGACCGGCUACGAUCUGCUCCGGGAGAUCAAGGGCUGCUCCGCCUUCAGACACAUCCCCGUCGUGGUGGUGUCGUCGGAGGACGUCCCGUCGAGGAUUCGCAGCUGCCUGUCGGAGGGCGCCGAGGAGUUCUGCCUCAAACCCGUCCGGCUCUCCGACGUCAAGCCGCAUAUCCUGAACGCCGCCUGCAGAGGAAGGCCGGCGGCCGGACUGACUCCCGCAGUUUGCGGGACCGUUUGAGUCAUCCAGAUCUGGGAUUUAGUUGCUCGUUCUGUGUAUUCCCAGUUCUAGUGUGUAUAUAUGAAGAAUAAAAAACUUUGUUCAAGAAAUGGUUGGGUCAAAAUGCUGACUUAAAAUGUUUGGGAACAUGUAUUUGGAUUUGGAUUUCAAAUCCGAAUUUGGCUCAAAUUCCAUGUUUGGGAAACUUACAAAUUUGGAAUUUGGAUUUGAAUCAAAUUCUUCUCAUUCAUAACAAAGCUUAAUUUUAAAU